CGGGCCGCUAGUACCCUCUUCAGGAGGCUGCCUUGGGGACAGAUUUAAAUCGCUACCUCGCACCCGCGGCGCGCAUUAAGGUCUCGCCAAGUCCCGCCGCGGCCUCGAGCGCCCGGCCGCCUGCGCCCCCAGUGAGGUGAGCAGGGCCGCUCUGUCAUGAUGUCUCUGCCUUGGAGCCAGCCAUGGACUGAACCCUCCAAACCAUGAGCCAAGAUGAACCUUCCCUCCUUUAAAUUACGUAUAUCAGGCGUUUGGACCCAGCAACAGAAAACUGCCUAAGGCACUAGGCUUGCACUGUUCUAGAUGCUGUCCACCCUGCAUGACUUGGUGUGGCACGAACGUUUCUGGCUGCCGCCCCCCAUAACAUGGGCAGACAUGGUGGACCGGGAUGGCAUCAUCCUGCCCCACCCCAGGGACCUGCUGAUGAUCCUGCCCCUGACUCUGGUGAUGGUGACCAUACGCCUUGCCUUCAACAGAUGCAUAGGCGUGCCUUUGUACCAGUGGCUGGGUAUGCGGGAUCGAAUCAGGAAGCAGGUGAAGCCCAACCCCACGCUGGAGAAAUACUUCCAGAAAACACAGAAACCCGAGGAGGCCCAGAUGGCUCUCCUGGCUGCCCAGUGUGGCCUCACGCUGCGACAGACUCAACACUGGUUCCGGAGACGCCAGAAUCAGGAUCUGCCCGACGUGUCCAAGAAGUUCUGUGAGGCCAGCUGGAGGUUUCUCUUCUACUUGUGUGCCUCGCUCAGCGGCAUCGUGAUCCUAUACCCUGAGCCGUGGCUGUGGGACAUAUUGGAGUGCUGGAAAUAUUUACCAAGCCAGCACGUGAAACCAGCCCUGUCCUGGUGGUACCUCUCGGAGCUGAGUUUCUACAGCUCACUACUUGUCUCGCUGCCCUUUGACAUCAAACGCAAGGAUUUCAAGGAGCAGGUGCUACACCACUUCGUGACUAUCGGCCUGAUCUCCUUCUCCUACUGCACGAACCUGCUGCGCAUCGGAUCCCUGAUACUGCUGCUUCACGACGUCAGCGACUGCUUGCUGGAGAUUUGCAAGGUGUUCAACUACAUGCGCUCCUCGCUGAUGUGCAACAUCUUCUUCUCUGCCUUCACCGUGGUCUUCUUCUACACGCGCCUCGUCCUGUUGCCCACCAAGCUCAUCCACAGCUGCUACCACGACUCCAUGAAGUAUUACAGCCCCUUCAUCGGCUACUACCUCUUGAUCACGCUUCUGGUGCUGCUCAACCUGCUGCAUAUUUACUGGUUCGGCCUCAUCCUGCGCAUGCUCUACAGCCUCCUGGUGAAGGGUCAGAUAGCAAAGGACAUUCGCAGUGACACUGAAGAGUCCUGUUCCAGCAAUGACGAGGCGACUCCUAAAAGUCCCCGGCUGUGGAAUAGGGAGACUCAGGGGUCCAGGCCGGUCCUGGCUGGUGACCCCCGGAGCCGGGCAUCACGGCAGUGGGCCAGUAAACAUGUGGCGGCCACAUAGUCAAUGGGACCUGGCUUUGGGGUCGGUUGGACGGGCAGCACCGGGGGCCUGCUCUGGGGAUGCAGAGAGGCCCCAUCGCAUUCUCCUGCACAGCGACAGGACACUGGUGGCCAGCUGGCCCUGCCUCAGGCUGCAGCCCUGGCUGAGAGGAGAUUCAAAGCCCCUGCGUGGUGGUGCAUGCCUGCCACCCUAGCACUUGGGAGGCUGAGGCAGGAGGAUUGCCAUGAGUUCAAGGUCAGCCUGGACUACAUAGCAAGACCCUGUCUCAUAAACAACAACAGAAAAGUGGGUUCAAUAAAACCUGAACUGAAUUGUCUGUCUGAGAA